GCCGCCGCCAAGCCUAAGGCCAUCAUUUAGUUAAUCUUAGUUUCCGUGAUUCAAUGCCAUUGACAAUCAUCUUGUGGACAGCGCGAGCUGUUGGAUUGGGGACAGGUGGCCUUUACCAGGGCUUCGUGGACAAUUUAGCCAUUCCAGAAUUGACCAAGUAAUCCUUGGUAUACUAUUGCUUUUCAACAAACCAACUUCCCGCUGUGUAUUGUUGCCAACAUCCCCAAUAACCACCUGCCGAGAAACGGAUAGCCAUGGAUUUCCUCAAAUCCGCUGUCGCAUCUGCAAUCGCCAAAGGAAGCUCCUUUCCCUAUUCGCUCGGAGACAGAGUUGAUAUUUCCGAUUCGAUAUGGACGCUUCAUAACGCCACGAAACGGGACGAUAGCUCGGCGUGCAGUGUUUUCACCUUCGAUAUCGCUUCGAAUAAGUCCCGUCUACCUCUCGCGAAGAAUGCGGUGCGGAAGUCCCGCACGUUAAGACAUCCUGGAGUGAUUAAAGUUCUGGAUACUAUCGAGACAGAGACGAGCCUUUAUAUUAUCACCGAGCGAGUUGUACCCUUGUCAUGGCAUGUGAAGCGGAGGAGUUUGAGUGAGGAGACAUCUAAAUGGGGGUUGCAUACAGUGGCGACUACACUCAAGUUCAUAAAUGAAGAUGCUUCGUCCGUGCAUGGUAUUGUGAGAGCCUCGUCAGUUUUCGCUAGCGAGAGUGGCGAGUGGAAACUAGGGGGUUUCGAUGUGUUGAGCUCUAUGAACGAUGAAGAAGCAGUUAUAUACAAAUAUGCCAGUCUCGUACCAGACGCGGCUAGAUAUACGCCUCCGGAGGUCGUCAAAGGGGGGUGGGAUAUCAUCAAGCGUCACCCACUAACGGCUGUCGAUGCCUACGGACUCGGUAUCCUUGUGUAUGAGGUCUUUAACGGAGGUUUCUCGGGGGGAGAUCAAGUAGGCAAAACAACAAAUAUACCACCGACCAUGCAAGCCAGCUACAAGCGUCUCUGUGCGGCGAACCCCAAGCUGCGGCUCAGCCCGGGACACUUUGUUGUACAAGGAAAGAAGCACGGUGGAUUUUUCCAGACACCCUUGAUCAGGUUAACGGACGACAUAGAGAGCCUGGGGCUCAAGAAUGAUGCUGAGCGAGAAGAAUUCAUCAAUGAGCUGGAUGAACUUUCUGAUGACUUUCCCGAAGAAUUCUUCAAGAUGAAGGUGCUGCCGGAGCUCUUGAAGUCGGUUGAAUUCGGUGGAGGUGGCCCGAAGGUCCUAGCAGCCAUUCUUAAAAUCGGAUCCAAGUUAUCGCAAGAAGAAUUCAAUUCAAAACUGACGCCCGUCGUGGUGCGCUUGUUUGCGAACCCUGAUCGAGCAUUACGGGUGUGUCUGUUGGACAAUUUGCCAUUAAUGAUUGACUAUCUUCCGCAGAAAAUUGUCAACGACAAGAUUUUCCCGCCAAUGACUUCCGGGUUCACCGACGUUGCACCAGUUGUUCGAGAACAGACUGUUAAAGCCGUGUUGUCGGUCAUUGGCAAAUUGAGUGACCGGACCAUCAACGGAGACUUGCUGAAAUUCUUGGCGCGGACUGCAAACGAUGAACAGCCUGGUAUUCGUACAAACACUACUAUUUGCCUAGGCAAAAUCGCGAAAAACUUGGGACAAAGUUCAAGAUCUAAGGUUCUCAUUGCUGCGUUUACAAGAUCGCUGCGCGAUCCAUUUGUACAUGCUCGGAACGCAGGCAUGCUGUCCUUGGCUGCCACGAUAGAAUUCUUUUCCGAGGAGGACUGUGCAACCAAAGUUCUCCCCGCUAUCAGCCCUUCUCUUCUCGACAAAGAAAAGAUGAUUCGUGAUCAGGCGAAUAGGACGCUUGACUUGUAUCUUCAACGCAUACGUAAAUUCAGCAGCACUAUGCCAGAAACCGUGCAGCCGCCUUCAACCAGCUCAGACGCUGCCAAAGACGAUGCGCGAAUUGGAACAUCUAAUGAUAAGUCCUGGGCAGGCUGGGCAAUCUCCUCCUUCACAAAUAAAAUCACGGCGGCCAAUGGUGAAAUUGAGCCGUCCGCCAAUGGCGUUAAGCCGGUCGAUGCCGAGCCAGCCCGUUCAGCAUCUGUACCACGUCCAACAAAGCCGUCAGCCUCGGCGCAGCUUGAUUUGCCGAAGGUGACGCCCCGACCUGCAACCCAGCCCCUGGGCCACCGGUCAAUGUCCGAGCAAGCCGCACCGAGCGCCAAUGAUCUCGAAGAAGCGGAUGACGUGUACGAUGCGUGGGGUGCUGUAGACGAUGAGGACGGUGAGAAGGCGGACGAUAUUCCUUUCAGCCCUGCCACGACCACUGUUUCAUCUACUGGGUCGGCAUUAGCAUCCAAGCCCGCCCCUGUGCCAUACGACGAUGGGGGUGAGCCUGAUUUUGCCGGCUGGCUGGCAGCGCAGUCCAAGGCAAAGAAAACUCUCCCUAAGGGGUUGAGUAAGACUACGUCUGCGGCAUCCCCUGCCCGCAGUUCCAGUCGGAACAGUGUGGCUAAGCCUAAGACUGUCGCGCCGGCGAAGAAGAUCGUAACGAAACCGAAAGAGGAGGACCUAGAUGACUGGGGAGACGCUUGGGAUUGAGCUGGCUGGCUCCUUCCUUCUUCCCCGUUCCCCGUUCUCUCGUAAAACUUGAAGCUAUGCAGUUUUGGUAAAUCGGCAAUUGGCGUUAGGAUUUAGAUACCAUGCACAUAACUGACGAUGACAAUCAAAGAUAGACCUUAAUUUGAA